UUGUGUUUGUAAGAUCUGGGUCGUCCUGAACAAUGAGGACUUCAGGAAUCGCUGUGUGGCUGAAGAUCGUCACGCUUUUGGCAAUGCUAACAAGCACAACGUGCAGACAUCCAGUGCGCCACCUUGUUGGCGGCGAGGAUCACUGGAAGCCUAAUGUUAACUACACUAAUUGGUCACUCAACAAAACAUUUUAUGCCGGCGAUUGGCUUUAUUUCAUGUAUGACAAGUACAUGUUCAAUGUGUUGGAGGUGAACAAAACAAGCUAUGAUAAUUGUACUGAUCAAGGAUUUAUCUUCAACAUUACGAGAGGGGCGGGGCGUGAUGUGUUUGAGCUCAAAAAACCAAAGUCAUACUAUUUUUUAUCAAGUGGAGGUUACUGCUACAAUGGAAUGAAAUUGGGUGUGAAUGUGAUUGAAUUUGUUUCUGCUCCUGAACCUUCUUAUGUCACAAGUAGUAUUUCUUCUAAUAUGGUAACAGGAAUUAAUAUGGUAAUAUCAUCAUUUGUGAUAGCUGUAUUAUGGGUUGCUCUGCUUUAACAGGAAUCCAGCUAGCAGAGUUAAUUAGAAGUUAAUUACUUACUAUAUAUAUGUGAGGGUAUUGUAUUAGUUAGAAAACUAUAUAUGGUAUGGAUUUGAUUGUGGUAGGAAAAUGUUAUCUUUUGGAAUUGUUUGUUUGUUGUGACAACUUAAUUUUAGUACAUUGCUUAAUACGCAUAUUCGCACUUAUUAUAUAUUUAGCCAAUUGCAACAAUGACU